CUGCGCAUGCGUCAGGCAUGGAGCGCGGAAGCGGAAGGUAGGAUGCGUCGCGUAGGCACCUCAGCAACGAGUAGCCAUGCGCGGCUUGGAGGAGCCGGGUCCUGGGCCUACAACGACCCCGUGCGGCUGCGUGAAGCCGGCUCUGGAGACAGGGAAUCUUUUAACUGAGCCAAUCGGCUACUUGGAAUCCUGUUUCUCGGCCAAGAAUGGUACUCCAAGACAGCCAUCCAUUUGUAGCUGUUCUCGAGCCUGUUUGAGGAUUAGAAAGAGCAUCUUUAAUAAUCCUGAACAUUCCCUGAUGGGCCUAGAACAGUUUUCUCAUGUUUGGAUUUUGUUUGUUUUUCAUAAAAAUGGUCAUUUGAGCUGUAAGGCAAAGGUGCAGCCUCCUAGGCUGAAUGGUGCAAAGACUGGAGUUUUUUCCACAAGGAGCCCUCAUCGUCCCAAUGCGAUAGGACUUACCCUGGCCAAGCUGGAAAAGGUAGAAGGCGGAGUUAUAUACCUUUCUGGAAUUGACAUGAUACAUGGCACACCCGUACUAGACAUCAAGCCCUACAUAGCUGAGUAUGACUCGCCGCAAAAUGUGAUGGAGCCUUUAGCAGACUUUAAUUUACAGAAUAACCAACAUACACCAAACACUGCAUCCCAGUCUGACAGCAAGACUGAUAGCUGUGACCAGCGACAGCUGUCAGUGUGUGAUGAGCCACAACCUCACCAUAGCACUAAGGAGAAACCUAAAUGUCCUGAAGACAGAACUUCAGAAGAAAACUACCUGACACACAGUGACACAGCCAGAAUUCAGCAAGCAUUCCCUAUGCACAGGGAGAUAGCAGUGGAUUUUGGUUUGGAAUCAAGACAUGAUCAGAGUUCCAGCAUGUCAGAAGAACAAAUUGGCCCAUAUGGCCCGGAGAAGAGCUUUUCAGGGAAAGGUACAGACAAGAAGCUAGAGAGAGUGGAAGGAGCAGCAGUCCUGCAAGGAAGCAGGACAGAGACACAGCCCAUGGCCCCUCAUUUACCUGCUGGAAGGGCUGAUGGAGCUCCCUGCAGCGUGGUUCCUGCCUGGGUGACAGACUCCCCUGUGGCCACUUUAGAAGUGCGGUUUACUCCUCAUGCUGAGAUGGACCUUGGGCAGCUCAGUUCACAGGGUGAAUCAGAUGUUGGUCAGGCGUCAUUUAAAUAUUUUCAGUCAGCAGAGGAAGCAAAGCAUGCCAUUGAGGCUGUGCUGUCAGCGGAUCCUCGGUCUGUGUACCGCCGGAAGCUUUGCCAGGACCGCCUUUUCUACUUUACCAUAGACAUAGCACAUGUCACUUGCUGGUUUGGUGAUGGCUUUGCAGAGGUUCUCAGGAUCAAGCCGGCUUCUGAGCCUGUUUAUAUGAUGGACCCUGCGGGGUCCUUGGUGUCUCUAGGGUCUUAAGGAGCCUCCCUCGUGUCUUUAAGAUAGCAUCAUUGAUUUUUGGAUGUGGGUUUUGGAUUUUCUGAACAAGCUAAUGUUGUGCCGAGAAGCAACACUUUGUGAUCUCACGGCUUUUAUUGAUUUGGGCUGUUCAAAAUGUUUAUUCGAAAAAUGCAUACAUUAAUAAACUUAAGAGAUAUAAAAUACAGAGAAAUCAUCAAAUGCUUUCUGAUCUGUCGAUAUUAAAGAAUCCAAAGGU